CUUGAUGGCUUGAUUUUGUUCUUGAUUCCAACUGGUUACAUCUCCUUUAUGUUUCGAAUCCAGAAGGUUUGGAAGAUUUUCUAAGAAUCGAGAGAGAGAGAGAGAAUGGGACGUGGAGUUAGUGCGGGUGGAGGGCAGAGCUCGUUGGGGUAUCUAUUUGGAAGAGAUAGGCCAUCGACCAAGGUUCAUGCGGUCCCUGGGGGCGGUUCGUCGCUUGGAUACCUCUUCGGUGGGGGUAGCAACUGAGCCACCGAACCACUGAGUCACUGAGCCAAUUCAUUGCUUACCUUUCCUAUCGUAUCCUCUCCCUCUUAUGUGAAGAAAGCCCUUUGUCUGUUAUUCUUGCGGAAACUGUUUUGUUUGUAAUGUCUGUAAGCCGAUGAUGUUUUGUAUGGUAAACCAAACACACACACACAAAAAAAAAAAAACUAUGUUGAAAAUCAUUGCCAUUAUGCAAUUGUUAAGUUAUGUUGAGAUU